AUGGAUCAGCCCUUAAGGGCUGAGAUUCCUAUUCAAAAUUAUAUUAACUAUGACAAUUAUAUGAAUAAUUAUGAUAAUGCUGAGAACCAUAAUAACAAUGAUGAUGGUAGUCAUGGAAAUACUAAUAAAAGUGGUGGUUUAAAUGAUGAUAGCGGUAAUAAUAGUGCUGAUAGUGGUAUAACUGUAAUGAUAAUGAUAACGAUUAUGAUGCUGUUGAUGAUUACUAUGAUGAUUGAGAUGAUGAUGGUCAUAACGAAUGUAAAAGUGAAAGUGAUGGGCAAGAGAAAGGCUGAGGACAGGGAUGACAAGGUCCUGCAGAAGCAGAGGAGGUUGCUUUCUGAGCAGAUGAACUUGCUGAGAAGAGGCAAAGAGACCUUGGAGAAGCAGCCCCAAGACGAUGAUCCUGGGUCCGACUCAGACGCUUCUUUCGAGGGGUCCGAGCACAAGAGCAGUAAGAGCGACGAUGGCUCAAACAAAGAGGGAAAGGAGCCAGAGAAGGAGGAGAGCUCUAAGGAGGAAUAG